AUGGCCACCCUGAUUGUGCACCCGCUUGAUAUAGUCAAGACACGAAUGCAGAUCCACCGCUCGUCACACAGCCCUAAUACCCCCCCACCAACAACAGUCUCUUUGAUCCGCACGCUCAGCUCCAACCCGAAACCGCUCGCGAGUCUUUAUAGGGGGUUAACACCCAACUUGAUCGGGAAUGCCACGAGCUGGGCGUCGUUUUUCUUUUUCAAGAAUAAUGUUGAGAGGGGGAUCUUGUAUCUCAAAUCAUCGUCAUCCUCCCCCUCCCAGCAAAAUGUGGGGGGCCUGUCACCACCAGACUUUUUUGUUGCCUCGUUGGCGGCCGGGGCGCUAACUCAGAUUAUCACCAACCCGAUCUGGGUGCUCAAGACACGGAUGGUCUCCUCUGACGCGGGGACAAAGGGUGCCUACCCUCACAUGCUCGCCGGGGCUGCCGAUUUGUUUCAGACGGAGGGGAUAAAGGGGUUUUAUAGAGGGUUGGGGGUGGGGAUGUUGGCUGUUAGUCACGGGGCGGUGCAGUUUGCUGUCUAUGACCCGCUCAAGAAGAUGUACUCGGCACGGCAUAAGGAGAGGAAAGAAGGGGAUAUGAGCAAUGAGGCGACUGUUGUCCUGAGUACGAUUGCCAAGUUGGUUGCUGGGGGGGUUACCUACCCGCUUCAGGUACUGAGGAGCAGGUUACAGGGCUACGAGGCAGAGGAGAGGUUUGGCAGGGGGAUAAAGGGCGUGGUGAGGCAGCUUUGGAGGGAGGAGGGGAUAAGGGGGUUUUAUCGGGGGGUUAUGCCUGGUGUUGUGAGGGUUUUGCCGGCGACGUGGGUGACGUUUUUGGUGUAUGAGAAUGUGAGGUUUUAUUUGCCGAGGUGGGGGAGCUGA